AUGUCAUACGAAAAGUGGCUAUUAGUUUGCAAACAAAAUCUAUUCAACAAUAAGACUACUGGCGCUGAUUGUCAACUGAAAGAGGAUGUCAUAUAUAGGCAUUCAUUUAAAUUGAGGCCAACUGUGGCUAUAAAUAAUGCAAAUACAUUAAGAAGCAGAAGUAAUGGAAACAAUAAUAAUAAUACUAAUAAAAGGCAUACUAAAGAUGCUAAGUAUUCAACAAAUUCAUUGCCAAUAAUAAAAGGGAAGUCAAUAGGAGGAGGAGGAGGAGGAGGUAAUCAUAAUACUAAUAGUAAAAUCAGAGAUUUAAAGUCAGCCAAAGCUGUAAAACCAGUUACCAGAGAAAAGCCUAAAGGGAUUACUGUUGUCAAAGACGACGACAACGACACCAACAAAAGCAAUAACAACAACAACAGUGAAUACGAGCUCUUAUUCAAGGGAUUAACUGAUCUAAAGACAAGAGCCGCCAGAAGUGUUUCGCUGCCAGAAAUUGUUUAUAAUAGAAGACGUCAACAACAAGUGUUUAAAGAGACGGAUAUCAGCGAUGAUGACGAUAAAGAAGAAGAAGUAGUGGUCGGAACAACCGAUUCGCAUCAUUUGAUGAACAAUAUUAGACGUCGUGUUUCACAGAUUAUUGAUUCGCAUGUUUUAACUGAUUUGAUGGCCAGAAAACAAGACAACAAACUAAUUACUGAUGAACUAAACAACACUGAGGAAGACAAUAAAAGUUUUGAUACACCAAACAUGUUGUCUUCAUUUUCGCCUCAGUCGAUGUCGAUGUCAGCAAAAGAAGAUGAUGUCAUAAAAAACAAAUAUUUUGAUGAUUUAGAUAAGUUGUUAUCGUCGUCAUCGUUGUCAUCUGAAAGUCAUCGACAAAUUAGUAGCAAAUCAAGUGGUAAUACAAAGAAAUGGUGGACAACAACAACAACAAUAAAAAAGUCUUCCGAAGAUAAUACUAGUAGUAAAUCUCAAGAACUCAAGAUAACUGAUUCAAUCAAUAACAGUGAUUAUAGUUAA